UCUGCACUCGACCACCGCACGCGACGUACGUCCUGUACCGCCCCAACCCCGAGUGACCCCUCGAACGAACGAUACCGCGAUUAACAAAAACUAAAACCGCUUUGCAAUAACACAUGUGAGCUUCAAUAACUUAUUUUAAUUUAGUGAACGGACUGUGAAUUUUGAAACGAAAAAUUUAAAUGUUAACGAAUUAGCGGCCAACUCAGAAUGUCUGACGGAGACGUGUCGUUGAUCAGGGACGAGGACGUGUUACGUCGUAUGUGGCAACAGACCGAAGAUUUCUCUCGCAAGAAAGAGAUUCGGGCGCACAUGUACCGCCUUCGAGAGGAGAGGCUGCGAAACCUCUAUUCGCCUGAACCGACUGCUGAUGGCAAAGGUUGUGAGUUCACGUCGACCCAGGGCCACGUGAAAUCGUUCGCCGACCAAAGCUUCCAGUCGAUGAAGAGCAAGGAAGUGCGUGACGCGGGCUCCCCGCCCAAGGAGUUCACAUAUCGCGGCCAAGAUCUCAAAGACCUAUCGAACGCCGGGUGGAACGUAGAAUCCGAGAACAGAACGACCGACGAUGGCCACACGCACGUCAAAUCGGUCCGCGCUGACAUCCAAGGCCGCUAUGACGUUGAUGGCGGAAAAGGGCAAUUCUCCGCAGCAGACCAUCACAAACAAGCGGUCACUGAGUACGACGAUGGCAACACGAGCCUCAAACGAAACGAAGACUACUCAAACACAGCAGCCCAUGAGCAAGUUGUGCGCAAAACUGACGAUGGUACACAUUUCUCGUCAAAGACCAGCUCGAACACGUCUUCAUCCAAGUUUCAACAGGUUUCAUCGAAACAUGAAACAGUGCCAUAUAUUACCGACGACAACUAUGACCUAGCAUCUCAAAAAUCUUAUGACACUAACAGAAACGAAGAUAUGACAUCUAACAGAAUAACAAAAACAAAUAACUACGAACAAAAUUUUAAAAAUGCUUACGAACAAGGGGAACUCGUCUCCCGGAAAAUUGACUAUCCAGAUGACAAUACAAAGGUUAUUGUAGAAACUAGGUGUCUUCCCGAUGGCACUAGGGUCACUAGCACCCGUCGUGAGUUUCGCGCUCCGAGUGUACAGACUAGUCGAUCUGAACAUUAUUCGCAGCAAGUAAGAAAUGAAAGCAAAUCAUCAUCCUUCACUUCAUCUCAAAAAAAAUCUCAUUCAAAUGAAUCUACAUCAAAAAUAAUUCGUGAUUCAAUUGAAGAUAAUGUUCACAAUAUAGUUGAUUCUCAAAGAGUCAAAGAUGAUUUUGACUUCAGAAAAGAACACAUAAAUCAAUACAAUGAUGACACGCAACAACAAAAAACAUAUAAAUCCAAUAAAAAUGAGAGUGAUCAACGUGAAUAUACAACCACCAAUGAUGACCAAAAUACACGUCGUCAAGAUAUCAGAGAAACUCGUUAUUACAAAGAUACGGACGAUCGCAAUCAAACGAUAGAACGAAAUGUUGAUGAAAUAAACAAAAAUAAUGAACGUAUUAUUAAUGAGAGGAACGUCCAUCAAGUGAGAACGUCGUCAUACGAUAAUGAAAAUAUUCGUCAACAUCAUGUAAAGGAAACUCGUUCCUACAAUGAUAAUGAGGAGCACAAUCUUCACGUUACAAAAGAUAGGGAUGUACCGGAUCGCGUAAAACCUAUUGAACCAUUGUCAAAUGAACGACACCACUGCGAGGUUUUGACAUCUCGUGAUGAUAAAAAUUUUAACAAUCAAGAUACAACUAAGGAGACUAGAUAUAAUAAAGAUACUGAAGAAAGAAUCCACACCAUAUCUAAAGAAAAAGAUGUAAGGGAACAUGUUGAGAAAAGAACGAAUGAUCAGUAUCAGACGACGUAUCAAUCUGACUACGUGCAAAGAAAAAUAAGUAACGAAUGGAGCCCUUCACAUCAAGCGUGGGCUAGCACACUUCGUUCUGAUUCCCCGUCACGACCAACAACAAGGGCUUCUUCUCCGGGAAAUAAAACUUUUAGAUCUAGCAACUCUUCUCUUAGAAGUAGCGUGAGUCCUGACAAAAACUUCAGAAAAACGCCAAGCCGUGGUGGAAGUCCUAAUAAAAUUGAUCGUUUUUCACCAUCUCGUACUGUGUCUGAUAAAUAUUCCAGUACUCAAUCGUCGUCAUACUCUAUUCAUGAAACAAAGACUAACAAAUAUUCUAGUGUCGAUAAAACGGCUCCAAAAUCCAAUUCACCAACGAGAUAUAGUCCUGAAAGAAAACCACAAGAUGGAACCCGAAAGAGACCGAGUGUCAGUCCGGAAAAACAAACAAACGUGCCAUCAUCCAGACCUCAUGAUAGUCCACAAAGACAAAGUCCUGCAAGGUCAUCCCCUAGCCCUGACAGAAAGUUUAAAAAUUACCCGACAGAUAGGACUUCGCCAAUGCGUCAAACACCAGAAACUAAUGAGUUUUAUUCAAUUCAUGAAAAUACGGACAAAAAUAAAAUAUCGACGCAAAAUAAAGUGACAGAAAUAAGGACUAAUACUACAAAAACGACUUCUCUUACUGACGAUAGAAUUGAUACAAGCACCAUCACAAAUAAGUCACAGUCUAAGCCAUCAGAAAGCCCCGAAAGGCAACCAGGAUAUAUGAAACAUACUGCAUCUAGUACACCUAAAACAGAUCGUUCGCCAUCACCAACAAAACCACAUGAUUCUAGCAGAAAAUCUCCCACUAAACAUGUAAACCCUGCGAGCCCUGAACCCAAUUACACCGAUACUAAACUUCAUAAAGUUAAGGAUGAGCAUCAACAAUUUAUUAACGAAGAACGCAAGUCAUACACAAAAUAUGAUGAAGACGUAACUACUACUUUAACAUCGCAGAGGCAAAGCCCACAAAAGGAACGGCCAUCACAAGAGUCUCAGCCUCGCCAAGAUUCACCAACUCGUACGUCAGUAAGUCCGGACAGAAAUUUGUCACCAUCAAGGAAAAUUCCGAAUACAGAUGAAGUAUCGCCACUUACAAGAGAUUCACCUAAAAAUAUUGAUGAUCAUCCCAGAUUGAUUGAUAGAAAAAGCCCUGAAAAAGCUACCAAUGUGGAUAAAGAUACAUUAAAAUCACAAAGGCGAAGCCCACCUAAGGAACAGCUGCCGCAAGAAACUCAGCCUCGCAAAGAUUCGCCAACACGUAUGUCAGUAAGUCCCAAUAGAAAUGUAUCUUCAAGGAAGCUUCCAAACACACGUGAAGAAUCGCCGUCAAAAGAAACACCCAGAAAUCUUAAUAAAUACCCUGUGGGAAUUGACAGGAAAAGUCCUGAAAAAGUUCCCACAGCAGAUAAGGAUGUCCAAAAUAAACCUAAAAAUGAUUCUACAAAAAGCUAUAGACAGCCUUCCAGAGAAGCUUCACCUGUAAAGAGGAAUAUGAGCCCCGACAAAGAUUAUAAGUUACCAAAUGAAAAAUCUUCAGUACCUCUCACAAAAGAUGUUUCGCCUACACGCAAAUCGCCAAGUCCUACCAAAGAGGUUACAAAUAAUAUCUUGUCAAAACAUAAAUCUCCUACAAAGGAGAGUUUAAAGGGAGGUGUACCUACAACUACAGAAACAACAUCUACAACAAAAUCAUCAACUAUUACUGAUAAAAUUGAAGAUAUCAAAACGGAUAUCAGCAAAAUACAAGAUACUGAUAUUACAAAUAUACUAUCAGACGUAGAUACACAUACUACGAAAUCAAUUAAAUCGACAUUGGUUAAGGAAACUCCAACAACAUUACCUUCGAGAGCUUCACCUUGCAGAAGUGUUUCUCCCUCUAAACCCGUUACUAAAGAUACAAAGUAUAAUCAAACCACGGAAUUCAUUACAAUGGAAAAAACAAACGAAGAGGCACACAAAGGCACCACUGACCGCUCCAGAAAACUAGUAACUCCGUCAACUAGUCCUACGAGAAAACCAAAAUCCGAUGAGACUGCACCUUCCACUGGCCAAAGCACUCCAACUACAACAGCGAGUGGGUUUGUUUAUUUCAGCUCUCCUCAAGUGGAAAAACCGCAAGUUACUGAUCUCGAUGAUAAGGAGCCGAUUUACACUAAUUUCCCAAAUAAACAACCUGUUGAUGAUUUACAACAGAAAGAACCAUUGCGCAGAUCACCAUCUCCAACAAAAAUUCCUUGCAGAUCUCCUUCUCCUGAAAAGGUUACCACAAAAGAAAAUCUUCCCAGAAAGAGUUCAUUGAAAAAGCCUUCAAUCGAUAAUACUCCAUCAGAAAAACCUCCAACUAGUUUCCUUAUUUCACCUACUGAUGAAGAUAAAGAUGUUACAAAAGAAAAGCCAAAUAAGAAAGACACGCCCAUAAAAGCUAAACCACCAUUAGAAAGACGGGAAACAUAUGAAGAAAGAUGCAGAAAAAUUUUAGGAAUGACUGAUGAGGAUACCACUAUUGAAACUAAAAAUGAAACUCUCUUCACAAAAAAAUCGACAGACACUUCACCCAGUAUUUCUCCUUGUGAGAGUCCCAUACAAUUUGAUGACAAGCAUUUCAGCAAAGAUACGUAUGAAGUGGUCGAUGUAGUUGAUAUAUCUGAAGAAAAGAUAAAGACAAGUACCCAAAAAUCAACGCGUAAACCACAUGAUACACUACUUUCUAGUGUCGAACAUGUUACAAAAACAACUGAUGAUCGUACAGUCAAGGAAAGGGAUAUUGAAACAUGUUCUGAUAUCUCAGAAACCAAAAAACCUUCAUUAGAUAAAGAUACUUCACCUGAAAGAAAGCUUAUGAAUAAGUCAAAUGAUAUUCCUACUACGCCUAAAGCGGAUCAUAAAGAUAAGGACACUCGUAGUCCUUCCAAGUCUCCACAAAGGAAGCCUUCAAGAACCAGCCCGGAACGUUAUUCAUUAAUAGAUUCUCGAAAAUCUCCGGAAAAAAAUAAUGCUUAUUUACCAUCCAAACCCGAUCAAGAUAAUAACAAUAUCAAUGUCACUGAUAAAGUGAAUAAAUAUGAAACAACAGAUAUUCAUCAAAAUAAGGAAACUCGCAAUGAAUCAUUACUAAAAGAAGACAUUCUCAAGAAUACCGAGGUUUGCAAAAAAACAGAGAUUAGUUCUGACUUCAUUCUUUCCGAGAGAGAACAACAAAUACUCGACAGAGUGCAAUCAUCGCUGAGAAAAUUAUCACCUGACCGCAAACAAACUCAACCUGGCCGAGAAAAAAGUCCUGAAAAGCACACUAUUAAAACUGAAGCAAAAGAUGUUGUCACGAUAUCUAAAGAAACAAUUGAAGAGUGCUUAGAUACUGUCGAUAAAAGUACAAAAACUAUUACGGAAGAAAAAACAACGUUAAAAAAGACUGCAGUCAAUGACAAGCCAGUAACUAAAACACAAAUUCCAAGCAAACCUUCAUCAAGAAACGUUUCUCCAAACAAGAAAUCACCCAACUCACCGACUUUAUCCAAAGGUAUUCCUGAAACUGGAAAGAUAAGAAGUUCUUCUCCUAAGAAACCUAUGUCACCCAUUGAGAAAAAACCAGGUUCCCCAGUAGAGAGACCACAGUCACCGCAAGUCCCUAAAAGCACAGGAAAGAAAGAACCGGUUUCUCCUCAUUAUCAGAAACCUUCACCAACAUCAACAAUGAAGAAUGAAAAAACGAACGUGACCGAUAUUAAAAAGACUACCAUUUUGAAACAACACAGUACAUCCAAGAUUUCACAACCCAAAGUCAAUGUCACUAAAGUUUCACCUAAUAGUAAACCUACAGAAAUGGAGCCCAAGAAAACAUAUCCGCUGAAGGGAAGAAAUGUCGAUACAAAAGUUACACGCACAACAAGUGAUAUUACGAUUAAGUCUCCAGUACAGAAAAAGAUUUCACCACAGCGAAUGAAAUCUAAACCGGAGAUACAAGUCACUAAUGCUUCUUCAAAUAGAACCACAAAACAGGCAAAUAUCAAACAGCACAAGUCGUCUGUCAAAGAAUCGACAACGAAGUUACCCGUAAGCAAACCUAAAUCGGCAAUUGAUAUAAACACAUCUACAGAUGACGAUGAUAUUAUUAUUGAUGUCCAGCAAGCUAAAUCAUCACGAGAAAAUUCUCCGGACCGCAUUUGUCCAACGCCUGUUGGUUUUUCUGAAGAUGUGGGAACGCCACGUUUCCCAGACGAAGUCAAUGAGCCAGAUGAUGAAUUCAAUAAACGUACGCAUCAUAUUAUUCAUGAAACUGAAUCAAUAGUAGAUGAUAUAGUAGAAAUAUGUGAAGAUGACGAGCUGUUUGUAAAACGAACAGAGACUGACUAUGAACAUAGAAGAGAUGAAAGUUUGUUGAGUGUAAAUGAUAAAGUAUCGAAAUUCACGAAAAAAAUUGAGACUGUUAAACCGAAAGACUCAACUACUCUUUUCAAAGAAACUGAAAUAAGAAAACAUUCUGACUUCAAUGACGAAAACUUGAAAUCAGAUGAGUGUCUGCUAUCUGUGUUAGAAAAAGUGAAUAAAUUUGCCAAGGGGCCUGUAGGACCAAAAGAUAAAAGUCCGUCUCGUAAUAUUAUCGAGGAAUAUGAUAGAGAUACAAUUUAUCAAGAUGAUUACACUAAAUUGAGUGUAAAUGACAAAGCCCAUCUUUUUAUUGAAACUGCUGAAAAUAUAAAAACUACUAAACCGAAGUCUGUCGUGCAAAAACCAGAAAGACCGGAUUUGAGCGACGUUGAUGAAUCACUAAAAAGUGAUGAAUGUUUGCUUAGUGUUUCUGAUAAGGUCAACAAGUUUGUAAAAACCGCUGAACAAGUAUUAUCAGACGCGUACAUAAUUGAAGAAAAAGAUAGAAAGAUAAAGGAACAACAUGACAAAAUAAUGAAGCAGAUUGUAGAAAAUGUGGAUGAUAUUAUUAAAACAGAUGUGAAAAAAUCAACUGUUUCAAAAGAAGAAGAAAUUGUUACCGAUUAUAAAGACACACAUAAAGAUGAUGCGCCUACAGAAGAAAAACCAGUGAUACCUAAAACAAAAAGUACAGGAAAAGUUCCCGAAAAAGCGCCAUCUGUUAAAAUUACCACUUUAAGAAGCAGUGAGGCUGUGAAAAAGGCAAAGGCACUGUUUGAAAAUAUUGCAACAACCACCAAUAAAACAAAAGAGACGGUUCAAACUAAGGCCACGAAGUUGACUGAUAUUGGAGUAGCUAAAAAAGUCAGUAAGCCAACACCUGAAACAACGCAACCUGGCAAGCCUAACUCGAACAUAAAGCAUGUUCCUCUUAAAGAUAAGCAACCAACUAUUCAACACACUGACUACGAUAGUGAAAUAAAUGAGGAACAAGAUACUCCACGGCCGAGGGAACGAUCUCCUGAAACUAAAUCAAAGGCACCGAUUCACAGAGAUGCUUCACCUUCAACAACGUUGAAAUCCACUUUAGUGAGGGAAAAAUCGCCUGCGGGUAGGACGAUGUCUGCAAUCACAAGAGAGAAAUCGCCUGCGGGUAGGACAAUGUCUCCAAUCACAAGAGAGAAAUCACCUGCAGGUAAGACAAUGCCUCCAACCACAAGAGAGAAAUCGCCGAUGCAUAGGACAUUGACCCCAACGACUCGCGAUAAAUCACCAGCUACUGGAAGAAGAUCUCCCAUUAGCAGAACGAAGUCACCACUGGCGAGAGAAGAAUCUCCAGUUGGCAGGCCAAAAUCACCUGUACCGCAUGCACCUACAACAGCAAAGAAGGUUCUCUCUCGUUUCCCAGCAGCUGAAUCUAAUUCACCAAAACAGACGCAUCCAGAGGAAAAAACUGACAAACCUUCAGACAAGGUACCUGGAUACCAACGUCCGACCAAAACAAGUCAAUUGAAAGAAGAGAAGUCUGUAGAAGAGAUUGAAGUUAGCAGCAGGCGUGGAAGCGGGAAGUUUGGAGUGGAGCUGCGCAGGACCAGCGCAGAUCGGUCGUCUGUAAGCAGCGAGCGGCGGCGUAGUAGCGAUCAUCAUCAGCCGUGCAUUGAAGAUAUCUUCGACCUGGACCUCCUGGAACAAAUGUUGGAAAAGGUCGUAGGAUAUGAGCAAAGACGUCGCAUACGCGCCCAGAUUCGUAUUGCUAAGAAGAAAAUGGAGACUGAAAAUACUACAACUGUUACCAGAACCACAAAACACACUACAACUAAAGUUGGUAAAACAAAAUCGCCCGAACGGCAUCCAUCACAGAGAUCUCCAGAUCGUCAACCUAAAUCACACAAACCUCACUCGCCAGAAAGAUUGCCCAAAACUACUCCCACCAAAACUAAAUCACCAGAACGGCAAACCAAGGAUACCGCACAUGUAGUUUCUACUUAUGAGCUUGUAGAAGAAAACGAACAACAUAAGCAAAUAACUAACGGUCACUCUAAAGAACCUCACAGGAUAGAUAAAGAGCAUACCAUACCAGCUAGACCACGCAGCCCUGAAAAACCAAAAUCAACUCCAUCCAGAAUGACACGGCCUACUAGUCCUGAAAAGAAAUCAAGACCGAUAUCACCCAGCAAAACUGCAACUCCGAAAACUAAAUCUUCCCGCAUCAGCGAGUAUGCGUCUGCUUACUUGAAAAAGGUUGGACUAAAUGAAAAUGACAAGCCAAAACACGCUGAAGUGAAAACUAAAAAGGCACCUAUAAUAGAUGAGGCGAAAACCAAACGAAUUGAAACCAGUCGUGUAGUAGAAACGCAUCACGCAUCCAAAACCACCACGUCGCGUACUUCAUCAAAAGACAUCAUUGAGGUUGUGCAUAUUAAUGGUAAAAAAUCACCGUCUCCCGAAAGAAUCGUAAGGGAACAAAGCCAUGAUCAUCAUGAUGGCAUAGAUCAAACAAGAAAGCAAAGUCCUGAAAGGAAACCUAAUGAAAAACUUAACUUCGAACGUCACCCGAGUCCACCAAGAAAGUCGCCUAGCCCAGUGCGACAGAGCCCUGAACGAACCAACCAACGUUCACCAAGUCCUGACGCUAAACCUAAAGCAGUCAAAAAGGAAACAAUCAUAAAAACAGUGUUCGAUAUAGAGAAGAAGAUUCCACAGAAACAGGCGCAGGAGGAAAAACCGUCGUGGGUAACGAAUAGGAAUUUGAAAAAGGUUACAUCAGAGACAAGGACAUUCAGCAGUAAGAAGAUAGAACCGGAGAAGCCAAAGUACAGGCCGAACAGUCCAUCAAAGGCUAUCACGAAACCCAUUGAUGUGAUUACUUCGAGUUACGGCCCAGGUCCACUAGAUGCUGACGGCAGGCCACUGUUUGGUAUCAAGGCGCUGCGAAACGGAGCUACUAACUAUCAAGUGAAAGGUACGGUGAUACGGCAAGAGUUCCAUUCAAAGAACGGCGGUGAACCAGAAGGCACGGUGUCCGUUACUGCGUACUCCACGGAGCCAGAAGAUCUGGAGAAGCUGCUGAGGUCCCAGGGGGAGAAACCUUCGCGCCUGCAUGGACUGGCAGCGAUUACCACUACCAAGAAAUUCGGAGGAGAUACCGGCACUACAUUUAGUGAAAUUACAACUAAAGAGGAGCGUGCUGCACUAGAUCAAUUCACACACACCGACAGACGAAUACAGGAGAGCACAAUCGAAAGGCACUCCGACACCUUCGACAUUAAAGAUCACUCAUACACUCAAAAAGUAGACAGAAUAGAUGACAGUGAAAAAUACAACAAAAGAACCAUAGAAGAACCAAAAAGAAUUAUCGAAGAACCUAAAAAGAAGACUGUAGAUACUGGAAGAAGUAAGGAGAGUGAUAAACGUUCUGAAAGAACGAUGCAGAAGACUGAAAGACGAGUAGACGACAGAAAGACGGUCAGGCAGAGUUCUGUUAAGUCGUUAACAGAAAAGUUUAUAAAGAAUGCUAGUGAAUCUUCAAAGACGGAGCGGAUAACAUACCCUAAGGCUGGACUGAUUCUCCGCACAACUAGCAUGAAGGACAGCGUCUCUAGUGACUCGUCAGCUCAUGCUGGUUUAGCGCGAACAGACAGCGAACACAGUCUGGCAUCCCUCGAUGACGUCAUCACCAGAGAGCACAGUGACGUCAUCCGCACCACAACUAGGGGACAGACUGGUGACGUCAUCACCACCACCAGGGGACAUACUGGUGACGUCAUUCACACAACCACGAGGGGACAGAGUGGUGACGUCAUCACCACAACCACCACGACCACAACUACAAGGGGAGGAACUACGAGGAUGCAAGAGCGCUCCUUCUUGGAUAGUUCCACUAAGGUGACGGGUGUACAGGAUAUUUUGACCAGGAUGAAGAAUGCUGAUAUUGUGAUAGAAGAAGGUGAUACAAGCGAGGACAGCGAAGCCCGCGCGCUUCUCAACAAGUUUCUGGGCGCGACAGUGCUCAUGGCCGGCAUGCAGAACUACGUCACUGAGAAACCCGGGGGUGUGGUUGUGAGACAGGACACUGUCCAAACGCACAGCAGCGGUGGCAAGGUGUCCAGUCGCCAGGUGGAAGAUAUCGACUUCGAGCAGUGCUGGGACGAGCGGGUACUGCGCAAACUCUUAGACGAGUGUACUGACUACGAGGUACGGCGUCGCUUGCGCGCGCGCAUCCGUGCACUCAUGGCGGAACAAGAAGCAUGUGCGAGCGCGGUAACAGAAGCACUGGCUGCCGCCGGAGAAACAGUCGAGACAGAAGAACAGCAACAAGCUGGAGAACGCGAGGAAGAAGAAAUAACCACUGUGACAUCGAGCGUUAGGAGGAACUCGUCUGAGAAGACUGUUAGCAGCACCACUAUCAAAAAUACUAAAGUUGUAGAGAGCAUGAGCAGGCCGGCGCCGAAACCCGUCUCUCCUUUUGCUAAGUUCCGACAGCUUGAAAAACAAAAUUCUACUAACAGUCCCAACUCGCCCAAGACGCCGCAGAGCCCGGGCUCUCCGUCGCAGCCCUACUUCAAGUUCACGGACCCCGCGCUGCAGCUCAGCGCUGUCACUAUAAAAGAGCGCUUGCUGCAGUGGUGUCGCGACAAGACCCGGGACUACGAGAAUGUGAAGCUGGAGAACUUCUCUACGAGCUGGUCGGACGGGCUGGCGUUCUGCGCGCUGCUGCACCACUUCCUGCCCGACGCCUUCGACUACUCCGCGCUGUCGCCCGACAAGCGGCGCCACAACUUCACGCUCGCCUUCAAAGUUGCUGAUGAGAAGGCGGGCAUCUACCCUCUCCUGGACGUGGACGACAUGGUGGCGAUGCGCAAACCCGACUGGAAGUGCGUCUUCACCUACGUGCAGUCCAUCUACCGCCGCUUCAAGGACGAGCACUAGCUCUACCACUAACCUGUGCUAACGUUAAUCAGCCUUGCUAUUGGUGGAUAUUAUGCCCAAGAAAAUUGACCAAUAGCAGAGUUGCAAGGAUAGUGGUAAAACUAGUAUUGGACGAACUCGCUAUUUUAGAUAAGCCCCGUGGUGUCGUGUGUCCACCACUUUGUGAAAGUAUCAAGACUGUUCAGUAGAUUAUUGCUAUUCGAUUAAUGUUUAGAACUAAGUUUAAAAUGAACUGCGUUUCAUAUAUUUAUGUUACUGUUAUAUACUUCGAGAUACUGAAUGAUCUUGAUACUUAGAUGGUUUAUAAAAUAGCUGGUUCCGUCCACACGCUCAAGCGUGGUUAGUCGAAUGUCACAAAAUUUGUUAUCGGUAAGCAGAGUCCAAAGAGCGAUUGUUGUUGAUUGUUUUUGUUUGUCAGAUUGUUUGUCGUUUGUUUGUUAACUGUUUAUCCGUCAGCGUCCGCCCAGAACGCCGUUUCUCCACGCGCUGUCUCGUUUAUUUCUAUGUUACAAAACGAAAAUGCUGCAUCUAAUUUCCGAAGUAGCAUUUUCGAUUCAUAGCAUCGAUAGUCCUCCUAUUUAUUGUAAUAAAUCUCAAGAUGUAUGUGAUUUUUUUAUAUUAGCCCUUAAGACUAACGUUCAAUUAUUUAGGUCAUAGUUGUGCGCGAACUGUGGCUGGAUCUUCAUAACUUAUUACGACACAUAAGAUAGUCGCAUCCGCCAUUUUUUCUACGAUUUAUUAUAUUUUAUUAACAUUAACUAUUUAUCUGACAUAAUUAUUAGACGCUUGAUGUAAUCGCCUUUAUUUAAUUGACCAUUGUUAUUAAUUUAUAAUAUGAUAGAAAUAAAAGAUUAACAAUUUA